UUAAUAUAACUUUACAUUAAUUUAUUGUCUCAUCAGCGUUUUUUAUUGGUCCUCGUGCUUCUAUGCUUUGAGGAAGUUUAGAACUUCCAAUAUAAACUGUUUGCUUUUUCGUAUGAGUGUUCAAAUCCAAAUUAAAUCGGAAACUGCAAAAAACCGAAUACUUUUGGAUGUGUUCGGAUGUCAUUUUGUGAAAAUCGUUGAAUUGGAAUUUGGAUUUGUUGUGAAUCCGAAGAAACCACACCAAUAAUCCUUUUAGUGUGUGAAGCAAACGAAUAAGUAACCAAAACAAAAUGGAAUAAGCAAUUAAACACAAAAGCUAAAACUAUGAAAGCCAUAAAGAACACGAUGAAUACCCAGUUCGGUUAAAACCAACCUACUCUGGGGGAGAGAGAGCUCUCCGUUCCACUAUCGAUAGAAAACUUGAUUACAAUGAGAUUCAACAGAACGAGUGGGGCUUCCACGUGCUAAACAGGAAAGACAUAAAAGGGUUAAACAUGUCUGAUUUAUGGUACUCGGCCAAGCUAAACUGGGAAGACAUGGUGACAAGAGGAACACGACUACAGGUUGAGAGAGUAGAAGAAAGCAGCAGCAACAACAGCAACAUUGCUCCCAAAAUCCAGCUUCCUUACAAUUGGUUACUAUCUACCAAAGAUGAUGUUGAGAAUGAAGAAGCUAAGGGGAAAGAAAUUAAUCUCUUUAAUCUAGGCUUUUAGACAAGCAUUCUACAGCGAAAUGCCACGCAGUAUCUUCUCCGAGCCAUGAGUUUGGUUGUGAGAAAGUUCGUGGGUGCUUUUGGAACAAAGACUUUUGAAAGGGAGGAAGAUCACACACUCCUCGCCUUCUCCAACUUAGGAACUCAUAGAAGAUGGACUCAAACUCAUCGUCAACAAAUUCUGGUGAUGAAAUUAUUGCUGGACACGUGAAGAGAUAAUUUGGCAAGGACAAGGAGGAAUGGGUGGAGAUUAAGAGUCACUGACCCACACCACACCCUUAGUUUUCCUUCUUGGAGGCUGGAGCCUUGAGUCAGUCAGUAUAUUAAUAGCUCAUUUGUCUUCCUUCAACGGCACAAGCUUCUCAUUCUCGGCACUGUGUAUAUCCAACUUCAAUAUUAUUUUCAGAUAUGUCUGCCUCUUGCUCGUCCUUUCAACCAUCUUCCGAUCCUAACCUAUUGGAUUUGGGUUCUUGCAGUAUCCGAAGUAAUAGAUAUAGAUAUGAUGUAUUUAUCAGUUUUAGAGGUUCUGACACUCGCAAUGGCUUUGUCGGCCAUCUCUACGGUCAUCUAGUUAGAAAAGGUCUUAUCGUUUUCAAAGAUGACAUAGAACUUCGGAGAGGAGAAUAUAUUGCACCCCAACUUUUGCAAGCAAUUAAAGAUUCACGAGUUUCUAUUGUUGUCUUCUCGAAAGAUUAUGCUUCCUCAACUUGGUGUUUGGAUGAAAUGACUGCCAUUGAUGAAUGCCGUGCUGAACUAAGACAGACUGUUUUCCCUAUUUUCUAUGAUGUUGAUCCAUCUCAUGUCCGAAAACAAAAUGGAGUGUAUGAGAAUGCCUUUGUUGUACACACUGAGUCAUUCAAACAUGAGCCACACAGAGUUGAUGGGUGGAAGAAAGCUAUGACCUAUUUGGCUGGAUUAGGUGGCACAGAUGUCAGGAAUAAGCCAGAAUUUGAUAUGAUUGAAACAAUUGUUCAGGAUGUAACAAACACAUUGAAUCCGAAAUUGUCAGGGUGUUAUGAUCAUCUUAUUGGAGUAAGACCUCGUGUCGAAGCAUUAGAAAGACUUUUAAACUUAAAGUCAGAGGACAAUGCUUUUCGGGUUUUAGGAAUACGGGGGAUGGAUGGCAUAGGAAAAACAACUCUUGCAAAUGUCUUGUAUGAUACAAUCGCAUAUCAAUUUAGUGCUUGUUGUUUUAUUGAGAAUCUUAGCACAAUUUAUAGGGAUGGCGAUGCUAUUGCUGUCAAGAAACAAAUUCUUCAUCAAACUUUGAAAGAAAAAAAUCUGGAUGCAUACAAUCUCUCUGAAAUAUCUAAAAUUUUAAAAAAUAGGCUAUAUAACAUGAAGGUCCUCAUAGUUCUUGACGAUGUUGAUCAAUUUGAGCAACUAGAUGAAUUGCACAUAGAUCCCAAAUUACUACAUCCUGGAAGUAGAAUAAUCAUAACCACUAGAGAUGUGCAUAUUCUUGAAUUGUAUGGAGCGAAUAUAAUUCAUGAGGUUGAAUUGAUGAAUGAUUAUGAUGCUCGGGAACUUCUAUGUAGAAAAGCCUUCAAAAAUGGUAAUUCAAGCAAUGAUUAUGCAGAACUUAUUUCUAAUGUACUAAGAUACGCUCAAGGUCUUCCAUUAGCAAUUAAAGUAAUGGGUUCUUUCUUGUAUAAUAAAAAUACCACCCAAUGGAAAGAUACCUUGAAAGGAUUAGAGAAGAAUCCGAAUAGUGAAAUUCUGAAAGUUCUCAGGUCAAGUUUCAAGAGACUUGAGAGAAGAGAGAAAGAAAUAUUUUUGCAUAUUGCUUGUUUCUUUGAUGGGGAGAGGGAGGAUUAUGUGAGGCGAGUUCUAGAUGCUUUUGGAUUGCAACAUGAUAUUGGAAUUUCACUAAUUGCUAAGAAAUCAUUCAUAACCAUUCAAAAUAAGAAAAUUUAUAUGCAUAAAAUGUUUCAAGAGUUGGGGAAAAAAAUUAUUCGGGAACAACAUCCUAAUGAGCCAAGACUAUGGAGUAGAUUGUGGCUUUAUUGUGAUCUCCAUGAUGCGAUUAUAAAAUCGGAAGCAAUAUGUGCUAAAGCCAUAAUUCUAAAUCAAAAGGAGGAUGUUAGCAAAUUCAAACAGUUGAGGGAUGAAGAUUUAGCAAAAAUGAAGAACUUGAAAGUGCUCAUAUUAAAUCAUACAAAAUUUUCAGGAAGCUCCAAAUUUCUUUCCAAUUCCCUACGCUAUCUUUUGUGGAAUGGUUGUCCUAUGGCGUAUUUGCCAUCAAAUUUUCAACCAUAUAACCUUGUAGAAUUGAAUAUGCCUAAUGGUAGCAUUGUACAACUAUGGGAAGACAUCCAGGAACUCCCCUUUUUGAAAAGGAUGGAUAUCAGCAACUCCAAAAAUCUAAAGGUCACUCCAAGGUUUGAAGGGAUGCAAUAUCUCGAGAGGCUAGAUCUUACAGGAUGCAUAAAUUUGUCGGAGGUGCAUCCAUCAAUUGGACUUCUGGAAAAACUUGAAUUCUUGAGUUUGCAGAACUGUACUAGUCUAGUUAACCUUGAUUUUGGAAAUGCAGCUAGAUUAUGGUCUUUAAAAGUUUUGCGUCUCUCUGAUUGCAAGAAACUUGAAAACACUCCGAAUUUCAGUGGAUUGAUUUUUCUACAAUAUCUUGAUAUGGGCCGAUGUGCAAGUAUAUCCACGAUUCAUGAAUCUAUCGGGACUCUUGAAAACCUCAGAUUCAUAAGUUUGAGAGACUGCACAGAUCUUGUUGAAAUACCUGCACAAUUAUUGAGAUCUCUUACAACUCUAGAUCUUUGUGGAUGCUCUAAAUUCAAUAAGCUGUCAUUGAGACAUAUUUCCACUUCUCAAUCUCUGCAAUCUUUGAUUUUUCUAGACUUAAGUUUUUGCAAUAUUGUUAAAGUACCUGAUGCUAUUGGAGAAUUUAGGUGUUUAGAAAGACUAAAUCUUCAGGGAAAUAACUUUACUGAACUACCCUCCACUUUCGGUGGACUUGACAAUCUAUCAUAUUUAAACUUGUCUCAUUGUCAUAAGCUUCAAAGUUUGUCUUAUCUCCUACCAGCAAGAUCUAGUUCAGUGGGAAGAUAUUUUAAAACAACACCUGGAACCCGUAAUCAUAGAUCAGGAUUAUAUAUUUUUGAUUCUCCCAAUUACAAGAAGCAUGUAUCCUUCUAUGACUACGAAUAUUAUUUCGGUUGGUUAUUCACUCGCUGGGUAAAAAGACUAGUUAUGAAACCUCUUCACUUUCGAUGUGGCUUUGACAUUGUUCUUCCUUUGCAUGGAGAUCAUACCACUGAUUGUGAUGUAAAUCUUGCCAUUCCAAGGUAUUUCCGUCACCGGUAUAAUGGGAGUUCAAUAGCAAGGAUGACUGUUCCUGUUCUGGAUGUCGACUGGCUCGGCUUUCUCUUUUAUGUGACAUUUGAUUUAAAUAAUCAUAAUCAGCAAUCGUCAUCUUCACAACUGCCACAUCCAUUUUAUCUUUCUUUUGAGAGUGAAUUCAAAGAAGAACGAUUUGAUAUGGCACUUAAUUUGGAACUAAACAAGGUUGAUGGAGAACAUUACAUUUGGAUGAUCUAUAUAUCUCAGGAACAUUGUCAUUUUGUAAAAACAGGAGCACACAUCACAUUUAAAGCCCGCCAAGGUUUGAUUAUCAAGGAAUGGGGGUUGCGUCUCAUAACCAAGAAAGACACACAGGGCUCAAUGAUGGAAAUGAGUGUACCAGUACAUCUUCCUUUAGAGAAUGUGAAAGUAAAACAAAGAAGCGACAGCAGUAGCUUUGAGCCCAAAAUCCAACUUCCUUACAAUUGGUUUGUUUCUGACAAAGAUGAAGCCAAUGGAAAAGAAACCGAUCUCUUUAAUCUUGGCCUUUCAACCGAAAUACCACAGUGAAAAACACAAUAUAUUCUCCAGACCUGAGAUGUAUGGUGUCUGAUCUUUGCUUUGGCAUCUAUAACCACUAGCUCAAUCUAUAAGGACUCAAGUUUGCGGAAUAGUACUACACAGACAAAAACAAUCGGGUGCUGGGAGUUGGGAACAUGAUGAAGUGUUUUAAUAUAACAAUGUGUUUAGCUUUCCGAAUUUUAGUAUUAAUGUUGUGAGAGUGCUUCUAAUUAUUUGAAGUUUUGUCUGUUAA